AGGCUCAUACAGGAAAGGGGCAAUUUGUUCCUCCGAUGUCAUUAGAGUUGAUAGCUUAAUCGAACCUGUUCAUAGAUUUAUGAUAUACCCUGACGAUAGUAACCAAGACAUUGCAGAAUGGCUUGCUAAUGAGACUAUAACAUUUGCUUCAGCAUGUAUGAAUGACAGAACUAAUGGCACUGUUCACUUUGGGGUCAAGGAUAUAAGUGACGGAAAUCAAAUGAAAGGAGAAAUUAUUGGCAUCUCAAUUGACAAAUAUAGAUGCAAUGACACUAUAAAGAGAAUUUUACGAGAGACAAUGUUUGAAGAUCAGAUUGAAAUGGCAUGGAAAUGCAUUCGACCUCCUAAGUUCAUCCAUGUUGCUGAAUCUGGCAAAAACCUCGCAUGCUGCAUAGUCGAAAUUGAUGUUGUUCCUCAUGCUACUUUCUUAGAAGACGAAGCCAUUUUCAUAAGAGCAAACGUGAAAGGCAAGACCAGACCUACUCUAUAUCGCUUCGAGGAGGGCAGUGUCAUACCUAAGAAACAAAACGAAGAUCAGAUACGUAAAUUCAUGAAUAUCAAGAAAAGACUCUUUGACCAUCGCAAAAAUCAGGAAGAUAAACCCAAACUUCCAAAGGUUCAACAGAAUCUGCGGCAAAAGUUUCUAAAUGUCUUCUCUUGUGGAGAAGAUAAACUAACCUCGGAAACAUACCCUGUUAUCUUCACAUGUGAAACUGAUGAAAAUUCGAGGAAGGAAAUAACAGAUAACUACUUCGAAUUUGUUCAACUUUUACAGCCUUAUGCAGUGUUUGAUUUCAAUUCCUCAACCAAACCAGGAUCAUUACAUCACUUUAUACAGGAAAUUAGAGAACAAUCAUUAAAGAUAGUGACUACAGACAAUUUCGACAAAGAAAGUGAGGAAAAUAAAAAGGAUGUUGAAAGACAUGGUCGCUUGAUGGAUGAUCUUCGGAAUUCUUAUAUGCAAACAUGGGUAUUUUCAAACGGUUAUGACAGAAUGCAACGAGAUGACAUGAAUCCUUUCAAUUGGAAACAGGAAAGAAGUCAGGGCUUCAAGGAAGCAUUGCGAUAUUGCUACAAUGACAUUCCGUCAGGACGAGCAAUAGCAAUAUUUUUAUUGCUUUCGAAAAACUAUGACGUCAUGUUAGAGGCUGCUGAGGAUGUCUUGUCCAAAUUCCAUGGACAAUGGGUUCUGCUUGCACCAUCGGAGGCCAUUGCGCAUAACUGGAUAUUCGAACUAAUUCGCAGAAAUAGCGUUGACAAAAGUAUCAUCAGUGAGAGAUGUAUCAUAGGGAUGCCGUGGAAACAGACAAAUGAGAUGAUUCGUCAAGUUGUAGGACCACUCCAAGACUCUGUCUGUCAAAUUCCACUUACAAAUGGGGGAUUCUGCUCAUUGAAAAAUAGAGUAAGAAAUGAACUUUGUGAUCUGGAUAUUCUAAGUCAACAGGAAUGUGACAACAGUGAAAUACUGAAGGACAAAAUUCUGAAGGAGCAGCACUACAGAGAAGUACAGGAGACAUUUUACCAUGGUGGUGAGCCAAGUUGGUGGAACUACUGGUAUAAAGAGGAUCACGUUUGUAGGAGAACUCAACAUGAUAGAUUGAUGGAAUGCGUCAAGCGUGCAUUAAGUGGCAAAAAGAGUGACGAAGACAAAGUUCCUGUGGUAACCCUUAUACAUCAACCUGGAUCUGGCGGUACAACAACAGCGCGUCAGAUUUUGUGGGAUUUACGAAAAGAAUAUCGAUGUUGUAUCACAAGAAGGGUCACAGAUCAAACAUGCGAUCAAAUAGUAGAGCUACGAAAUUACGAAGAAUCUGAUUCUGCCCGUCCCCCACUCGUCCUACUCGACAAUUGUGACGAAGAAAUUUUGGUGAAUUUUCAAUCAUAUUUGCAAAGGCGGGCAAGAGAAGCAUCGAUACGAUCUGAAGAACCUAUUGAAACAUUUUGUGUCCUCUUGGUUUGUUCACGUAGAACAAGCCUCCCUCGGAACUACAUCAAAGAUCAAACGGUUCUAAUUCGGCAGGAAUUAGACGAGCAAGAGCUUGAGUGGUUUAACAAGAAGGCUGGUGUAUUGAGAACCCGAUUUGAGAAAGAUGAAGGUAUAGACCCAAAAUUGCUUAUAUCUUUCAAUAUUCUAAAAGAGAAUUUUAACUUUACCUACAUUCAAAGCACUGUCAAGCAGUUUGUUGAUGGUAUUGAUACACAAGAAGAGGAGGAAUUACUGUUGUAUUUGUCACUGGUAAACACCUUUGAUAUAGAUUUUCAGCCACUCCCAAUAAGUGCAUUUGACGUUCUCAUGGAAGUAAAACGAGGGGAAAACACGGUCCUUAACUAUGGACUAGCACUACAACAUCGUUUUCAGAAAAGUGAGAGACAAUGGCAGACACAAAUCAGCAAUGAAUUGAUGGUUCUACUGAACAUUUCUGCAAGAAGUGGCCAAGGCAACAACCUGAAAGCUUUGUCUAUAGUAAGCCCACUAUUCGCCAGCGAGAUUUUCAAGUACCUUCAAGAAAGCAUGCAUAGAAGUAUCAGCUCAAUACUGUUACAGUUUUUGCAAUCACGAGUUUUCAUUCGUCAAAACAGGUCGGUGGAUCAAGUAAUCCGUAUCGUGAACGAUCUUUUGAUGAAACGAGAGGUUUUAGAAAGCGGGAAAAAGGAGAAAUUUUCGCGGCUUUUAACAGAAGUGCUUCAGAGAGAAGAUUCAGAAAAGGCUGUGCAAAUUUUGAAGAAAGGUUUUGACGUAACAGAUGACCCUAGGAUCAUUCAACACAUUGCAAGACUAUACAUCCACUGUAAAAACUGGGAAAAAGCAACUGAAUUUGCAAUUAAAGCGACACAGAUCAGACCUAACAAUUCAUAUUUUUGGGACACAUAUGGUCAGAUUUUCAAAAAUCAACUCUUAGAAAAAUACAAAACGUGCAUGAUUACUGACGAAGUAAUGACAGAGGAUGAUACUUGUGACAUUAUUCAGGUUGCAAUGAAAGGCAUUGAGAAGUUCCACAGAGAGCAGAUAGAGAGCGAACAUGACAAGCAUGCUUCUCAAAAUGAUGCAGGUUAUUUUGGCGAGGUAAGACUCAUUAUCUUGUUGGUCAAAAUAUUGCAAUGUUCCCCGUUCGAUGACAGGAUGCUGCAUACUUACAUAGUUGACGGACAGUUUCAACCUCCAGAGUUUGCCAAGAUAAGCCAUGAAAGCCGGGAAGUUCUGAAGCGUUUGCAUGGCUACACAGAAACAGCGAUGAGAAAAAUGGAAGAAAAGUCCGCUCAGCUGAAAGGAACUAGUUCAAUCAAUAUUGUCAGGGAUAAACACGCCUAUUUAGAGGAGUUGGCGUCUUUACAGGAAAGUGUUGAUAACAUUUUCGGUGAAAUGAGUGAUGAAGUGCCAGCAAAUCUUUCUCCAACGGAAAGCGCUGAUUUUAGAAGAAGGCGAGUGCGAAGACUUGGUGGACGAUCACUGACAACACUUUUGAGAAUAAGGCGAAAGAUUGGUGACGAUGUUCGCGUUUUGGAUAUCAUGUUUGAUCACUUGAUGAAGAAUGUAUUUUCAUGCCAAGAGCCAUUCGACGUUAUCAUUUUGAUAAGUGUUGCUAUCGUUAGAAGAAUCAUAUUCCAGAAAGAAAGUGUCACAUCGAAAUUACCUCUAAUAUUGGAACUUACAAAGCGACUGUAUGACGAGGAAUGCAGUUCAAAGAGAGGCCAUGUCUACAUGGAGGUUUUCCUUUUUCUAAUGAUGUUUCACUGGCCAACUGAAAAUAGGAAAGAGAAAUCUCUUUGCCCCGUUGGAACUCUUCGCGAUGCUAUGGUGAGAUGGAAAUGUGCUUUUCUGAAGAAGCAUCCACAUCAGAGAGACGACAGAAAUCCGCAUAGACAAAAAGAAGCGACUCUAUUUUUCCUUGGCAAAGAUCUAGCCAGCGAUGAAAUUGUAUACUACGAAGAACUACAUAGUCGCCACAACGCUGUUUAUUUCAAUCGAGAUCAAAUUUGGGAAGGACGCAAUGUAGUAAAUAAGCUACAGCGAUUGGAAGGAACACUGGUUGGUGAUGGAUUAGAAGUUCUGAUAAGUUUUGAAACCAAAUCCGGAAACAUUGAAACAUUGAUUGUACCAACGUCUAUGCCCAUCGGACGGAGGUCACUGUGGCAGAAGAAGGUGUUUUUCUACCUUGGAUUCACAUGGGCUGGUCCUAAAGCCUUUGACGUAUCAUCAGAUGAUCGGCAGAAUCUUCUUGGGCAAUUGGACACUGCUGGCAAGACCGACCGCCCUACCCGAAUUCGGGAAAAGCCAAAUUACGUUCUCGAUCCAGCGACACGAAUAGAUGAAAUCCGCAAUCAGUUGAAACAUAUUGAGAAACUCAAGUCAAAGAAGAAGACAAAUCGAGCACAAGAUAUACAAAUCCGUAGGGAAGAGGAACUGAAAGCAGAAUUCGAUUUUCUGCUUCAACGGAUGCAGGAUGUGUUUGGAAAUUGAAAAGAUGACAGCAUUAUGAUUGACUGUUCACUAUAUGCAAAGUUACCGUGUGGACAAAACAGUAUCGCCUUGAAAACAAAGAACACAGAUUGACCUGGCAGGAAACGAUUAACUCUUGGUUUUCCAAAUUGAAACAAAGUCUGAUGAAAAAAGACCUGCUUUCACAUUGAGAUGUUCUACAUUCGUCUCUUGGUUGUGUAGAAGUAGUAUUUGUAAUUAGAAUGAUUUGAUAACGUACAUUACGUAAGAAUAAACAUUUUCCCCCAAUAAUUUCUAAAGAAUAAAUUUGUAAGUUUAUGCAUAGAGUCACAAAGUUACAUACUUGUAUAGUCACUAAAUUACUAUUGUUACAUAUAGAAAGUUACUUCCACAAUUAAUUUAACCGAGUUGUAAAUAAAUAUUUCAUUACCUCUGUUCGUCAUGUGGUGAAAGUGCAAACAUCAGCUACAGUAUUCAGUUUGAGCUUCAGAUUUUCCCUUGAAAUUAAUGAAUAUGUACCUCAUUAAGAUGAAUGAAAAAGAUGACAUAAAAUAUUAAUAUGUUACUGUAGAUUUACAGAGAUACUAUAAUGUAGGGUGGCACGAUUCUGACGUUGUAUUUCCUUCAAAAUUCACCGGCUGUCGUAAGGACGGUAUCAGAAGAAAAUGGGGUAUUAGUCUCAAAGCGACCCAGUUAUUCGAAAAUUUCUGUAGCUUAUAACCUUUGAUACUGUAAGAUGAUAUUUUUCGUGGGACUCGUAUACCGUAGUAUCGUGUAAUGAAUUUCAUGAGUACUCAUUACACAAUACUAGGAAAAAUUUUUUUAAUGUUUGUCAUUUUGUGAAAAUAUAGCGAGUUCAUUUACCCACUUCGAUUCACCAAGGUUUACAUUGCGGGUGUCGUCUAUGAAGCAGAAGUCGCUUAUUCUUCGUGAACACCUGUGCUUAUUCUCCUUGUACUUGUCUCCGUGUAAAUAUUUCUUUUGUGAAUAUUUUAUUGACUUUAGAUCACGAUUAUGUUGACAUGAUGGUAUUUUCUUUGUGUUUCUGGUUGAGUACCCUUGAAAUCAACGAAAAUAAAAUUUCAUGGCCCUUUGCUGACAAGUAUGUUUGCAAGGAUGCAAAGGUUUUGUACUUAAUAAUUGUUGUUGUAGCACAUAUUUUUCACACGGCUAAAUCUUAUAAUUUGUGGACCAUUUCACAGAGUAUUGGAUAAAUUCAUGUAUCUGAAAAUUCACAAUUCAGACAAUUUUCAAUCCUGUAGUGUAUUCUGUAGUCAAUCAGUAAUAUGCCAAAUUUUCAGCAAAUACGACAGAAUAAACCCCAGUUAGGUAUUAAUCAGAAUAUGUUCUCGACAAGAUGACGACACAAUGUGCACACAUGGGCCCCUCUAUCCUCUCCCCAAAGGGGUUUAGUCACCAGGAAUAACAUCUUCCAUAUUAGAAUAAAAAUGGGGAAAGUGGUCCGCUGAUUAAAAACACACGAGGAAAUGAAGGACAGGAAAUAAUUUGGCAGGACAAGAUUAUGAUUCCCUUGUUAUGCCUAUUUUUGUUGUAAAGUUAUUGUAUCGUUUAUUAUUUUUUUAAUUGUGUGUGUGUGUGUGUGUGUGUGUGUGUGUGUGUGUGUGUGUGUGUGUG